UUGAAGAUGGCGUCGGCAGCAGAGAGAAAGUUCAUAAACCUUCGCAAACGACUCGACCAGUUUGGUUACCGACAACCACUAGCCAUGGAAUCUCUCCCACUCGUUGAGGCCCUGUUCGGCGACCUCCUGCAGACAACAGAAAGUCUGAGACAAAACAAAAUGAAAAUGAGCAAACAACAAGACUUGGAAGGCACUUGGGAGACAAAUAUCGAGCCGUACAGGACCGAGAACGCAAGACUGGUUCGUGAGAACAACGAGCUUCAUCAGGGGCUGCUCAAAACGCGCGAGAAAUCGGAGGAAAAGGUUAGAGAGUUGAAGGUAACUCUGAGGCGCCUUGAGCACGAGAAUGCCGACUUGAGGUUUCUCAACAAUCAGUACGUUCACAAGGUGAGGUCACACGAGAAGCAGUCGCGCAGCAAGGACGACAAAAUCGCGCAGCUUCAGGAGAAAAACCUUCAGGCUGUCGUGCAGACUCCAGGAGGGAGAAAGAAACAGAUUCCAUUUCGGAGGCAAAGAAUGGAGAUUGAUGCGUCGUUGCCAGCCUCUGUGGAGGCGCGUGAAGCAGGGGCGGCGCCUCCUGAUCCGUUCUAUGCUGAUAUGGUGAAGGUAGCCGAUCAGAGGAUGGAACAGCUUCGAGUGCAGGUGGCGAGGUUGGAGGAGAGUGAACGAUCGUCGGGUAGAGCCAUUCAGAGUCUUAGGAAGCAAGUAGAGACGAGGGAUAAGGAGAUAGAGAGGCUGACAAGGAUGCUGGAAGGCGGCCGUCCGUCUGAGGUUGUUCUGACGGAAGGAAAGAGGGAAACGAACGAGAAACUGGUCGCACAUCUUAACAUACAAGUCGACUACCUGCAACAGACGAACACAGAGUUGCAACAUCGAUUGAACGAGAUGCAGGAGACGAAUGAUGAGACGCAGCGUGUUAGGAAGGAUCUCGUCGAGAAGAACGCGAAACUGUGUGGAGAACUCCACGAGAUCAACGAGCUAACGAGACAGAUGGAAGACGAAAAGCGAACGAGACUGAAAGAGUUAGAAAAUGAGCUGAAAAUGGCAAGGCAUAUGAAUGAUGAGAGAGGGAGGGCACUUGUUAAGUUAAAGAGGGAAUUUGUUGAAAUGAAACGAGAGCACAAGUCUUUACUGAUUGAUGGUCGUCAUACGGCUGAUAUGCUCGCUGCAGCGGAAGAUGACGUGAAGAGAGCAAAUCAUAUGAUCGACAGGCUGGAAAGGGAGAAGAAAGAAAUGGAAGAGAAAUGUCACAAACUAGAAGAACGAGAGAAGACUCUUUCUUUCGAGUUGGAGAGGUUGCAUCAUGUUGCUACACUACGAGAAGAGGAUCGCGCACGUCGAACGAAAGCAGAGCACGAUCGCAUUGAAGGAGUGCUGGACGGAAUGGCAACACAAGCUGAUCAGUUGUCAAGAGAACGAGACGAACUAUCAGACGUGACUCACUCUAUGGAGAAGAGAUUUCGACAUGUGGAGGAUGAGAAGAAUUAUUAUAAGGAGGAGUGUAUGAGGCUGCAAGAUACGUUGAAGAAGAGAGCAUAUAUCAGCCCUUCCAGCAGCCCAAGAAGAGGUCUAGUGCAGACUGGCUCUCCACCCAUUCGUGUUCUAUCAGAUAUAACAGAAACAGCCGACGUUGUAAGACUUCGAGUCGAACGAGAUCAACUAGCAGCUAGUGUUCGUCAGUUUCAAGCAGAUGUGGAAGAAAUCCGAAGUGAUCUCAGGAUUCUAUCCAGCGACAGAGACAACUUCAAACUGUUAUACGAACAGUCGAGUGAUGAGGUUCGUCGCUUGCGUCACGAGUUGACUCGUAAGAUGGGCACGGCUCCACUGCAACAGACGACGACACACACGAUUAUCAGACAAAUCGAACGCGAGAGAGACGAGGCGAGGGAGGAGAGCAGACGGUUGAGAGUGGAGAGAGACAGUCUGCAGGACAGACUGAAGAUUUCUACUGAAACAGAGAAGGCGAGUCGUGAGGUGCUGGAACAGAAGGCUGUGAGGGCUGAAGUUGAGAUCAAAGAUGUAUUGAUUGAACGUGAUGAACUAUCCAGUCGUGUGAAAUCUCUUCGAGACAUCAUCAGUCAUCUUGAGGACCAAAUCAAGUCAAACUCGGCAUCUCUUACUGCAGCACGUCAUCAAACGACGGAGAUGGAGACACGAGUGGAGGAGAUGAAAGCACUCGCCGACCAUGCCGAGACAGCAAGACAAGAGCAGGCACGACAGUUGAAGAAAUGUGAAUUAGAUGUUGAGGAAACGGAACGAAAGAUAAGAGAUAGAGAAGCUAAAAUAGAGAGUUUAGAAGGCAUGUUGAAGGCAAGUCGUGAAGAAGCAACUCGUCUCCAGGAUGCUCUACACAGUCUUGAUAGGCAACGUGAUAGUGUACAGGAUGAGCUAGAUGUCAAGACUGAGACGCUAUUCCAAAUGAAGAAAGACAAGCAAAGCCAGGAGGAAACCGAGAAGCAGCUUCAGUUAAACAUUAGAGAGAUGCAUUCUCAACUCAGUGCUCGUGAUGAUCUCCUCCUGGCAAAGGAUCGCGAGAUAAACAGCUUACGACAUCAAAUGGACGCCUGCUCAACUCAACUGGAGGAAUCUCGUCAAGGACGAGAGAUUGCUGUUGCUGACAACAGACGUCUCCAACAAGACUUGAGAACAAUGACUCAAGAAAAUCAGGCGGUUCAUCAUGAAUUGAAUGAGGUGACGGAGAAUCGAGAUUUGCUGAAGCUUCAAGUGCAGCAGUAUGCACAAGGAGUUGUGCAGUAUCAGAGUGCACUAGAUGAGAAGGAACGGGAGAAAAUCCAGUUGCUCGAUUCAUAUCAAUCGAUGAGUAGUGAGAAUGACAGGCUUGAGGUGUCAUGUCAGCAGAGUUUGGAUGAAGCGGCUGAUGUUCACAGUCAGCUGGUGAAUGCUACAAGGGAAAAAAUUGAAUUGCAGCAUUUGAAUCAGCAGCAAGUAGCCGAGCUCACUGAGAAGGAUAAGGCCAUUCAGUCAUAUGGCAUUCAGGUUGCCAAGUUCACGACUGCCUUGUCACGAAUGGAACAGGAACUGAGACAACUGAGGGAUGAGAAGCGAGUGCUCUUAGAGGAACGAAAUGCUGCUCACACGUUAUGUACAAGACUAGAACAAGACCGCAACACGAUCACAAGGCAAUUAGCCGAACGUUCAGCGUCUGGUCAGCAGAUGCAAAUCGCACUCGACAGCGAGAGGUUGGAAGUGAAGGCUUUGAAGAGGGAGGUUGAGCAUCAGGCGCAACAUAUUCAGGGUUUGGAGGGUUUGUUGGCGGCUGAAAGACAGAAGAUGUUUCACCACCAGCUCCACAGCGAGCAGCAUCUAUCUCAAAACGAACAGCUACAACAUCAAAUUACUCACCUGGAGAAGGAAAGACAGCAAAGUCUUCGUGAGUUAGCAGCCGUCCAAGAACAGCUACAGAAAUCGCCAGCAGACUCACCAGUUGGCAGUCGUUCACCCACUCUCCACGUUGAUCUACCAUUGAGCGUGUCUCCUACUUCGACUGUCGCUGCUGUUACAGCCAGCGUGACAAUGGCUUCACAAACACACACUGCUGUUACAGAAGCACGCAAUUUGGAUGACAACGAAGACGAGCAGUCGGAGAGGAAUUACUCGGACAGUCUUGUAACACAAGGCAGCGUCUCUCCACUGUCUUCUGUGAGCAGUAUAACACCUGGCAAGAUGAGGAGUGAGCUUGCGUUCGAUCACGAGCGACAGACGAUGGAAGACGAAAGUGCCAGGCUGGUCACUGAGUUGAUGUCAUCACACUCGAGUUCCUCUUCUUCGGCUUCAUAGUGACAGUCGGGAUGUGUCGAUGUGUACAGCAUGAUCGUGUUGUAUGAGGAUGAGCAUGCAUUGCUACAAUUGAUUAUAUGUGCUUCUCAGCUCAAUUAAUGUUUAAAUAAAAAAUUAAAUAAUUCAUUCUGUAA